AUGACCUCUCUGAUACUAUUAGACCUCAGCAAUAACCAAAUCUCUGGCUGCAUCCCACCAUCUUUUGCAAAUAUAAGUCUAAAAGAACUAUCAGUGAUCAAUAAUAGUCUCUCCGGAUCGGUCCCAAACCUUACGAGCUUUGUUUCUCUGAAACUGGCAUACAAUGACCUCUCUGGGCAUCUGCCACCAGAUGUAUGCAGAGGAGGAAAGCUUCAGCAUUUCACCGCAGCCUAUAACAAGUUCCACGGCCCGAUACCAAAGAGCUUGAGAAACUGUUCAAGCUUAGUGCGGGUUCGAUUGGACAGGAACAACCUCACCGGAGACCUCUUCGAUCACUUUGGAGUCUAUCCUAAUAUGAGAUAUAUUGACUUGAGCUACAACAGGUUAUCUGGAAUGCUUUCACCGGAAUGGGGAAGUUGUUCAAACUUGACGAGCUUAAGAAUAUCCAACAACAGAUUAAAUGGAACAAUUCCAUCUGAGAUUGGGCAAUCAACUAAGCUGGGAGCGCUGGACCUUUCUUCAAACCAUUUAGUUGGCGAGCUUCCCAAGAACUUAUGCAACUUGAUCUCUCUUAUAGAGCUGAACAUAAGCAGCAACCAGAUAUCAGGAGAGCUUCCAUCGGAGAUCGGAAAACUACUCAAGCUGAAGAGACUGGAUGUUUCAGGCAACAACUUCAGUGGGGUGAUUCCGGAAGAAAUAGGUGGAUGCAAACUGCUAAUAUCAGUAGAUAUGAGCAACAAUAGCUUCAGCGGAAGCAUUCCUUACGAAUUCGGUCAGCUGGUAGACCUUCAGGAACUGCUAGAUCUGAGUCAGAACUCCUUUAGUGGUCAUAUUCCAUCUCAAUUAGGCCAGCUGACACUGCUGCAGAUCCUCAACCUUUCCCACAAUAAUUUGGCAGGCCGUAUCCCACCUUCUUUAAUCAAGAUGGCAAGCUUGUCAGCCUUGGACGUGUCUCACAAUGAACUUGAAGCUCCUGUCCCCGAUAGCAGAUAA